GGGGGGCGUGGCCGCGCGGGGCCUGGUCUGAGACCCGAGACACCCCGCAGGAGUUUGUCGUCCCCUCCCCGUCGCGAGUCCCGUCAGCCCGUCCCCGCCAUGGGCCUGGAGCUCUACCUGGACCUGCUGUCGCAGCCCUGCCGCGCCGUCUACAUCUUCGCCAAGAAGAACGGCAUCCCCUUCGAGCUGCGCGCCGUGGAGCUGCUCAAAGGCCAGCACCUCAGCGAUGCCUUUGCCCAGGUGAAUCCCCUGAAGAAAGUGCCGGCCUUGAAGGACAGGGACUUCACCUUGACUGAAAGUGUGGCCAUCCUUCUCUACCUGACUCGAAAGUAUGAGGUCCCUGACCACUGGUACCCUCAGGACCUGCAGGCCCGAGCCCGUGUGGAUGAGUACCUGGCAUGGCAGCACACAACCCUGCGGAGAAACUGCCUCCGGGCCCUGUGGCAUAAGGUGAUGCUCCCUGUUUUUCUGGGUGAGCCGGUAUCUCCCCAGAUGCUGGCAGCCACUCUGGCAGAGUUGGAUGAGACCCUGCAGUUGCUUGAGGACCAGUUCCUCCAGAACAAGGCCUUCCUCGCCGGGCCCCACAUCUCCCUGGCAGACCUGGUGGCCGUCACGGAGCUGAUGCAUCCGGUGGGCGCUGGCUGUCAAAUCUUCGAAGGCCGACCCAAGCUGGCUGCAUGGCAGCAGCGCGUGGUGGCAGCGGUGGGGGAGGAGCUCUUCCGGGAGGCCCACGAGGUCAUUCUGAAGGCCAGAGACUCUCCCCCUGCAGACCCCAUUAUCAAGCAGAAGCUGAUGCCUGGGGUGCUGGCCAUGAUCCGGUGAUCUGGGAAGCCUCACCUUGCACUGCCCGUGGCAGUUCACAAAGCACCUUCAUUUCCAAUGCCCCAUGGGAGGCAGGCUCCGCGAGCAGGAGUGGCUUAUCUGAGACUUGCCUGAGUCCCACGGGGCUCCCCAGGCCGGGGGUCCCCCCCACCCUCUUCUGCAGCUGCCUGACAGCCACAAUAAUGAUGCACGCCCAGACCUUAUCUCCUUUAAUUACUGAAUUUCAUUUUAAGUUUGGAUAAUAAACCUGGGCUCAGCCUGAGCCUCUGCUUCUAA